AUGAACUCGGUCACGCUUUACCCCAUUACGGAAAGGGGGUCCCGGAAGCCCAAAUGUGCUCGUUGUAGAAAUCAUGGAAUGGUAUCCUGGCUUAAAGGACACAAACGUCACUGCAGGUACAAGGACUGUACUUGUCCAAAAUGCAACCUGAUCGCUGAACGACAGAGGGUCAUGGCUGCUCAGGUGGCCCUGAAGAGGCAACAAGCUGCAGAAGAUGCUAUUGCUCUUGGUCUUCGAGCUUGUGUCAGUGAAAGCAACCUGCCCAUCAUGACAUCUGGGCCCCUAUGGGGACCUGGGACGGUCACAGAGCCAGAGGUUUCUGAAAGGAUGAAGGAAGCCGGAAGAGACGAGGAGGUUAUGUCUGAUAUAGAUGUCGAGAGCAAAGAUGACGAUGACAGCUGCAAUGACAGUGGCGGGGAGUCCCCAAUAACCUCCUCUGUGGUGGAGAGCUCCGACUCCGCCAGGAAACCCCAGACCCCGGUGAGAGAACACCAUCCAAAGGUUCCUGAGAAGAACAAGGAGUCUGAACACACAACCACACUGCCACCGGUGUCAUCGGCCAACUCAAUACCAACAGCUUACAGACCCGGGAGACUCUCUGCGCUGGAAAUACUUGAGCGCGUUUUCCCAUUCCAACGAAAGACUGUUCUGGAGUUGGUUUUGCAAGGAUGCAGUGGGGAUUUAGUCAAAGCAAUUGAACACUUCCUGUCGGCUCAGGACACUGUCUUAGCUCAACAGCAGGCAGUGUUACAUGCUCAAAGUAGAGGGGAGUGUAGAGGAAACCCUUUUCUCAACGGACUCAAUGGGUUAAAUGGACUUGGUGUUAUGAGCAACAGCUCUCCAGUACGACCAGUCAAUGGUUCCAAUAAACUGUCUUAUGCAGGGAUAAAAUCUGCUUUUACUCCUUUACCCCCAACCUCAGCCCAUCCCCCAGGUCUUCACUCAGCAUUCAGUCCUCACAUGUCACCCUUCUCAGCAGAUGCUCUUAGAUCUCCACUGUUUGCCCAUCAUUCCCGUGCAAGCGACAUCAUACCAGCUCCUCACUUCUCAUAUGCGGGCUUGGGAGGGAUGCAUGGAACCAAUCUCCCUGGGAUGAUGGGUUCCCCUUUCUCCUUCCACCCUUACAGGCUUGCCCCUCCUGACAUCACCCCACCCUCAAUCCGCACCCCAGACAAGAACAGCGACAAGUCAGGUCUGACUGACUCCGACCAAAUCUCGGAUGGCUGGGACGAAUCCUCUUCUCCGAGAGACUCUAAAGAUAUAGACUGAAUAUUGUGGACAUUGUGUUUCUUGAUAUUGUUGAGGGUUAAUGUUUGUGGAUGAAUGAGGCCCCGAAAGGACUAUAAAGACCCUGAAGAAAGUCAGGACAUCUUCGGCCUUGACUUCUCAUCCAAGUGCAAUGCAUUUACAAAGGGUUUUUGAUACCCCUAAGAUCCAACAUGAACCUGUUCUGUCUAACAUGAAGUGUCUCUUCUGUAAUUUAAACGCUAGGACAGGUUGAUGCAGCAUGUAACUGUAAGUAUUGUGUGGAGAUUGUAUGAUUAUAUAUAAAAUUUUGAACGAAGAGGUUUCUAUAUUGCACAAACAUUGACAGAGGGUAUCGGAUCGGAGAGACGUCACAUAAUCUUCACCGGAUCGUUUGAAAGUGAAAUCUCGUUGAUGUCCUCGAUGGGUUGUGUAAUCACGAUUCACAUCAAAGGGACUCAAGUGCUGCCAUAAGUAAUAAAGGAAAAUACACUUGUAGCAUAUAGAGUUGCAUGUACCAGCCCGCCCGGUCGCAUAUUCUCUGUUAAGGUAUCGCACCACUAUAUCACCUAGAAUAGACCAAAAUGGGAUACAUGUGAGUGGGGGGUUUGUGACGUGGCCAAAGACAGUUGUAGUCAGGUCUAGUCACUCGAGUCAAAGACCAACUCCCGUAACGUAUAUGGCUUUGUAGACGUCCCGGCAAUGUUUGUCCUGUGUAAGAUUCUACGUGGUGUUUCCCUCGUCGACGUAAACCAUUUACCUAUAGCAGUCUCGGCUUCUUCACUUCGUAAUGUAUGCGCCUGAAGCAAACACCGAGGCAAGCCGAUGGGGCAGAGGUGGAGAAAGGUUUAAGCGACCCGUCACCCGCAACAAGAGAUUGCGAAACUGUUUAGCUAGGAAGACGGCGAGGGUGUUUACUUUCCCCCUGUCUCUUUUCAACCUCUUCAUUGGCCGUGUUGUUCGCUAAUGGUUUAAAUAACGGCGGUAGAGCCCCGCGGUUCCUUCGCUGUCUCCGUGGGACAAUACGAGAGUAAACACCUUGCCGGCAAUAAGUCGCCGAGGCGUGGCUAGACCCGUGCUCUCGUCGUUCUUGUCCAAAGACAGGACCCCGGGUAGGUUACCGCAAUGAAAACACCAAUAUUUCACUUUGUUAGUCGCUAGCUUCACUGUAACUUUAUAUACUUCUAGAUAUAUUCACACAAUAGAUUCAAAAGAAGACACUUAUCGUAGCGAUGUGAAAUACACACAUGCAUUAUCGCUCCCAGACCUUAACGUGAUGGACUUAAAGCUCUUUUGGGGAAUGUCGAUGUUUCCUCUGCAAUCGUUACUGUGCUCUAAACGCCGAAUUGUUGUUACAAGGCUAGAAACAGUUUGAUUUUAACUUCGUAGCACCAUGACACGAGUAGGGUCUACUGUUUUGUGUCUGUGUAAAUAACGUGUAAAUAAAGUGCAAUUUCAAUGGCCAACGUUA